CAACACCCCACACAUCACUCUCCCCAUCCUGCAAGCCUCUUUCAUGAUGCCCUAGCUCCCGCUGCACGAUGCGAUGAGAUUCGCAGAUGCGAUCCGCUAGAUGUCAUGUCAAGAUCGCGACCUGCGUCGGAUCGCUUUGUGACAGCGCCGAUGUGGGGAACACGGACCCGGUGUGAGCUGAUGAUGAUGCAGGGUGGUAGGGAAGGUGCCUGAGGACAAAGGGGUUGUUGACAUCAAUGUUGUCAUUUUGAUGGGUGUAUUGUGAUGACAGGUUCCAGUCCGUGGAGGGUCUGACAGCAUAUAAAGUGUACAGUAACCCUCCAUUUAAGGGCAUCAACACAGCAUCCAACAGCCUCUACAACUCAUCUCCCAACGCCUUUCAGCAUCCAAACGCAUAUCAAUAAACAACAUCACAAUGGCCGACAACGGAAACCCCGGAAACUUCGCCAACCGCCCUAAGGAGGAGGUUCAGAACAUUGCCUCGAAGGGUGGUCAGGCAUCUCACAACGGCGGCUUCGCUUCCAUGGAUGCCGACAAGCAGCGCGAGAUCGCUUCUCAAGGUGGAAAGGCCUCGUCUGGCAGCUUCGAGCCUGGCUCCGAGAAGGCCAAGGAGGCCGGCCGCAAGGGCGGACAGGCUUCUUAAAGGCUGGACAUCUUACGACGUAACGACUUUGCAAUAGAGCGCUCUCGAUAGGGCCCGCUGCCUUGGGUGGCGGCUCCAUUAGCAAAUGAAUGAAUAAUUAACCCACCAUUCACUUACGCAAUGCGUGAUAAUGACGUGUUCUAAAUGCGUGUUGGGGAAAAUCAUAUUAGUCGUUCAAAGGUGAUGUGCCCGUGAGACACGACAAUGUUUGAGGGUGGAGACAUGAAGGUUUAAGUUGUGUCAUAGCAAUGUUGCCUGUUCAUGUGUAUCUAGAGAUAGUUUUCCUUGUAACCAUGCCCAAUCAUCAUGAGAUAAUG